AUGGCUGAGGAAGGCAUAGCGGCCGGAGCUGUAAUGGACGUCAACAUUGCUCUACUAGAAGUGUUGAAGACUGCCUUCAUCCAUGAUGGCCUAGCACAUGGCGUACACGAAGCUGCCAAAGCCUUAGACAAGCGCCAAGCCCUUCUCUGUGUGCUUGCAUCCAACUCUGAUGAGCCUGUGUAUGUCAAGCGCGUGGAGGUGCUUUGUGCUGAGCACAAAAUCAACCUGAUAAAGGUUGGCGACAAGGAACCAGGGGAAUGGGUAGGCCUCUGUAAAAUCGAUUGAGAGGGGAAGCCACGGAAAGCGGUUGGUUGC